UCAGCACCGCGGACAGCGCUCCGCACUCAGCUCAUUGCUGCCAUGAGGACCAGAAGCACACACACCUGCGCUAAUGUCUCAGCAAGUCUUGUGACUGACUGACUGUGAAUGCAGCUGGACUACGAGAGAUUCUAUUGGUUGCCAGAUAUGACAGGUUCAGUUUGGAAUCCUCCUUCGCACGAUUUGCGCAGACCAGGAAGACUGGUUUAAAACAGGAGAGCUCAGUUAUUUAGAUCUCUACGACACACCUUAUUUGCCUACGGAAGAAAUCGAAGACACGAACACGACGGCCUCUGUUUUGCUUUCGAAAUGCGUCUAUGUCGAUACCUGGAUUCCCCAUCGCUCAGUGUUUCUUAAAUAGACAUAGCGUUUAUAGCGAUGGACAGUCGCGCAACCUGUUAGACUGAAGAUGAAAAAGCAGAACGUGCGCACGCUGUCGCUCAUCCUCUGCAUGUUCUCGUAUCUGCUGGUGGGCGCCGCGGUCUUCGACGCCCUGGAGUCCGAGACUGAGAGCGCUCGGAAGCGCAUGCUGGAGCAGAAACGCAGCGAUAUGAAGAGAAAGUAUCGCUUCACCGAGCUCGACUACCGAGAGAUCGAGCGAGUGGUGCUGUUGGCGGAGCCACAUCGUGCUGGCAGACAGUGGAAAUUCGCCGGAUCUUUUUACUUUGCGAUAACUGUCAUCACCACGAUAGGUUACGGGCAUGCGGCCCCUGGCACAGAUGCAGGGAAGGUCUUCUGCAUGUUCUAUGCGGGUCUGGGCAUCCCACUCACACUGGUGAUGUUCCAGAGUCUGGGCGAAAGGAUGAACACCUUCGUCCGUUACCUCCUCAGCCACGUCAAGAAGUGCCUAGGGCUGCAUCGCACUGAGAUCUCCAUGGAAAACAUGGUGUUGGUGGGGUUCCUGUCCUGCUUGGGAACUCUGUGUGUGGGGGCUGCUGCCUUCUCACACUUUGAGGGCUGGACCUUCUUUCACGCAUACUACUACUGCUUCAUCACCCUCACCACCAUCGGCUUUGGCGACUUCGUGGCUCUUCAGAAGAAGGAGGACCUCCAGGAGAAGACCCCUUACGUGGUCUUUAGCUUCAUGUACAUCCUCGUGGGGCUAACUGUGAUCGGAGCCUUCCUCAACCUGGUUGUAUUGAGGUUCCUCACUAUGAACAGUGAGGACGAGAAGCGGGAUGCACAGGAGCGGGCCUCGCUGAAGAGGGGCCGUAACCUCACAGCUGUGAGUUUGGGGCAGGAAAAUCACUGCCACAGCAACCUGUUCUUGCCCAUAGAGGAGGGUACCAGCUGCACCAACCUCAUCCUUUUGCCGUCAGAGGAGCGUGGGCUCUACUCGUCUCUGCCCCUGCCCUUAAACGCAAGCCAGUCUCGGUCCCAGUUGAGCGUGCUUUGCUGCUGCGUCUGCUAUCACAUGGGCCUCUGGCACAGCUCGGCCUUGUCCCCAAACAAGUGCCCUGAAUGCAACAUCAACUCAGUGUAUAACAACUCCGUUUCCUAUAAGAUUGAAGGUGGCUCCUCAAACAGGAACGAUACGGUUGUGUCCUCUCCAGGCAGCACGCUCUCUCCUGGGCUCAGCCUCAGAUAUCUGUCACACUUCAGGAGGAAGUCAUUGUAAUGGGGAAGAACUUUGAAGCAUCUGGUUUAGAUAGCGAGAAUGCUGUGAGAACAUAUAUUUUGUACUACGAGUUAGCACUAAAGAUAAGUGAGGAUGUUGAGGACACGCUAUUAUAAUCAGGGUUGGGGAGUAGCAGAGCACAUUUAAAACACAAAAUAUGAGUAACUGUGUUUCAUUAUAGUUACAUAUUUAAUGGGUGGUAGUCAAAUAA